CCUUGCGUUCUGUCAUAUUCUUCGCGUCUACCUGCCUGCUUGAACAAUUUUCCUUUUCCCUCCUCCUCUACCUCGCAAUCUCCGCCCAAGGGUUGUUCCCAAUGGAUCGCUGCUCUCAGACGCCUUCAGUGCCGACUCGGAAGCUCGGGCGCCAAGGCCUCAAGGUUUCAGCGUUGGGGCUGGGAUGCAUGGGCUUUUCCACCUGGUACGGGAAGCCUGUGGAGGAGAAGGAAGCCAUCGCUGUUAUUCAUCACGCUUUUAACAGUGGGGUGACUUUUUUUGAUACUUCUGACGCUUAUGGGCCACACUCGAAUGAGAAAUUGCUCGGGCGGGCUCUGAAGGGUUUGCCUCGUGACGAAGUCCAGCUGGCAACGAAGUUCGCAAUAACCACUGUGGAUGGCAAGAUAGAAGUCAGGGGUGACGCCGAAUAUGUGCGGAAAGCUUGUGAAGACAGCUUGGAGCGCCUUCAGCUGGACUACAUUGAUCUGUACUACCAGCACAGGGUUGACACUAAAGUGCCCAUUGAAGUCACGGUUGGAGAGCUUAAGAAGUUAGUGGAAGAAGGGAAGAUAAAGUACAUCGGCCUCUCUGAGGCGAGUGCUGAUACUAUCAGACGUGCGCAUGCGGUCCACCCCAUCACUGCUGUGCAGAUUGAGUGGUCUCUUUGGUCUCGAGACAUUGAAGAAGAAAUCAUCCCUCUUUGUAGAGAGCUGGGAAUUGGGAUUGUGUCAUACAGCCCACUUGGACGAGGUUUUUUCUCUGGGAAAGCAGUUCUGGAGAAGCUAGAAGAGACAGAUCUUAGGCCUCAACGAUAUCCAAGGUUCCAGGGAGAAAAUGUAGAGAAAAACAAGGUCUUGUAUGAGCGAGUUGCUGCGCUAGCAAAGAAGCACAAGUGCACACCAGGACAACUGGCUCUUGCUUGGGUUCUUCACCAGGGGGAAGACGUCGUACCUAUCCCAGGAACUACUAAGAUUCCCAACUUAAACGAAAACAUAGGGGCGAUAUCUGUGGAGCUCACUCCAGAGGAACUGAAGGAGGUUGCAGCAGCAGUGCCAGAACACGAAAUUGCAGGUGAUCGAUACAAUGAAGCUUUAGCCAAGCAGACAUGGAAAUCUGUAACAACUCCUCCACUCAGCUCAUAUGUUACACCAGAAUAGUUUCCGAACGUAUGAGGUUUUUAAAAAAUGUACCUCUGACUUCGUCAUGGCUUUUGGAAUUGCACAAGUUGAAAAUGUCUGGAGCUUGUUUUCCCCAACCCGUGCUUUAUGAAAAAUCUAGAGACGAGACUGCUGGAGAAGUGCGAAGAAAAGCCUCAACAUCGAAUUCGAGUUGAAAUGACGUGAAUUAGUUAGUUGCUCUGUUGGCUAGCUCGGAAGUUCUUCGGAUAGUAUUCACCAAUAUCAUACUCUGCAUUGACGGGAAUAACUUAUAUGAAAUAGUAGGCUGAGUGAAGCACCUCACUAGUGGGGCACCCUCCAUAGUUUAAUUGUUCCCUCCUUGAACAGGUGCUACAAGAAAUUUCCUAGAUCCUUAUAUAUGUAUAGUAUAUGGUAUCUAUGUAAUUUAUGUCAUGUUUAUCAAAUGAAUCAUAUCAUUACAAGUCUUACAUUU